UAACAAAUCCAACAGCUGUUUUGAAAGUUGUAACUCUUUUUUUAAUAAGUUAUUGCAAAAUUUCAGCUUAUUAAAAAUGAAUUCGGCAAUAGUUUUUAGUAUUUCGCAGUAUUUGGCUAGAAAUUUUAAAGUGAUGAAUUUGCGCCAUAGUUUUGAAAUUCAAACACUAAGUGGAUUUUACGCAACUUCAACUUCCUCAAACAGUAACGAGGAUCGGAAAUCAUGGAGAAAAAUGGAGCAGGUCCUACUCAAUGAGACAAGUCAGAAAGAACAAUAUCAGAAACAAUUUAAAUGGAAGACUCCUAGAAUAGGAGUUAUUGUUAGUGGUGCAUUUUCAUUUGGAUUCUUUGGGAAAACCAAGGAGGAAGAAACUCCGGAAGACAAGUUAAUAACUACAAUUAAACGAUCGGUACUAUGUAUACAACGCCAAGAACUUGAUAAAGCUGAACAAAUGUUACAUUUAGCUUUGCGUAUGGCGCAGGACUUACAUAGUAAAGAGGGAGUAACAUAUAUUUAUGAUGUGAUGGCAAAUCUUGCUAUGGAAAGGGAGCAAUAUAAAAAGGCUGAAAAACUUUUUGCUGAUGUAAUGAAAAGGUUGUUUAACGAUGGUUACACUGAAGAUAGCUCCCAGAUAAUGCAUAUUAGUGCUAAAUUGGCACACAUGGCACAAUUACAAGGAGAUUUGGAUAAAGCAAUGCAGGGUUUUACAUGGACUCUGAAACGCAUAGAAGAAAAUGUGAAUAAAACGCCGAACGACAAAGAUAUGCAAGAGUUGCUGGGUCUUACUAAAAAUUGGUUCGGUCAAUUGCAAAUGAAGCUGGGGAAAUAUGGUGAUGCCAAAAAAUCAUUUCAAGAGUCUUAUGAUUCAUUAGUAGAAGCAUAUGGACGUGUGAACGAAGAAUCAAUAACUAUUCUAAAUAAUCUUAGCGUGGCAUGUGUAAAUUUGGAGGAAUAUGAACUGGCUAAAAAAUAUUUGACGGAUGCUUUGGAUUUGGUAAAAGAAUUAAAGGAUUCUGAGCAAGAAGGGGUUUUGCAAGCCAAUCUAGGUUUGAUUUAUUUAAGAGAAGGUUUAGUUACGAAAGCGAAAGAAGCGUGCUCGCUAGCGUGGCGUAUCGGUAAAAAAAGUAACAACUUGGAAGCUAUAGAACAAGCCGAAUAUUGUCUUAAUGAAAUAAAAUCAUUUUCAAAAUGAUGAAUCAAGAAAAAAAAAAAUAGAUAAUUGAAUUGAAUUGCUAAUAGUUUUGGAAAAAGUAAAAAUUUAUUAAAAAAUUGUAAAGAAGGGAAAGUUCUUCUGAGACAAAAUAUAAUUAUACUGUUUUAUUAUCCUUAAAAAGUUAUCAUCCUUGUUCGAAACAAGUAUAUCAUUUCAUUGUAUUAGCCAUUAAAUGAUUGACUUUUAUUUAAGUAUAAUUUAUUUUAUUAAUGCACGAUCAUGCAUAGAAUUCUACAGGACACUUGUUGCUAAUCUUGUUUUCUGACGG